CAACAGCAGAUUUCUCUUCGCCUCCAGCCAGAACACAACCCUGAUUCUGCUCAGGAUUCCCUUCAGUUUCCUUAAAAUGGCCAUGACUGACCUGCUCACGAUGUCUGACAUAACCUCUGCUAUCACUGCUUGCCAAGAUGCUGAUUCUUUCAACCUCAAGGCCUUUUUCAGAGAUGUGGGUUUGUCUAAGAAGUCACCAUUGGAUAUUGAGAAAGUCUUUAAAAUCCUGGACCAGGACAAGAGUGGCUUUAUUGAGCACGAUGAGCUUCAGCUGUUCCUUCAGAACUUCUCUAAGGGAGCACGGUCUCUGACAGCUGCAGAGACCAAGGCAUUCCUCCAGGCAGGGGACAUGGAUGGGGAUGGCAAGAUCGGACUGGAAGAGUUCUCAGCCCUUGUCAAGGCAUCAUGAAGCCAAGAUAAUCCUAAUCUCAUUGUGCAUUUUCUAACUGCCUUACUACAUCUUUAUUUAGUUAUGGAUGUGCUGCACUACAUUCCACACAUAUGUUUUAGACCUUGGUAUGUCAUGGCUUAUAUGGAUAUUGAUUUGUGAUUUGGAGUUUGCUUCUAAUGUUUAAAACAAUAAAACGUUGUCAUCUGUGUUUCAUAUAUUAACAAUCUGUUGACAAUUCCCAACGUAGAUUUAUUGUUUAACGAGUGUACAUUUAUUAAAAGGCUAAUAAACAAAAUGUAGAAAUGCA